AUGCCGCUGCCCCCGCCGCGCCCACGUGGUUGGGAACAGGAAGCGCUGGGACAACGGAGGGGUCAAAGGGCAAGGGGCGGGACAGCCCCGGGGGCGCGGUUGGCGGCGGUAGGUUUGCUUCCGUCUCCGGCCUCCGCCGGAGCUGCGGUGCCGUGCCGUGCUCUGCCGGUGGCAGGCAGCAGGCAGAGCCGUGCCGUGCCGUGCCAGCAGGUCGAAUUUGUCGCGACAGCGAGCGCGAGUCGGGCCGUUCUCGGAGAGCUCGGCUGCGGGGUGGCCGAGCAGCCCCCUCCCCCGGAGGUGCCAGUCGCUGGCGGGAGGAUCUGCUCCGUGAUCUUACUGGGCACUGAGGUGAGGCUGACUGGGUCUGCCAUCGACCUGCAGAGAUCGUCCAGCAGCUCGGCAUGGCUCUGCAGGGUGUUUUGGUUCCUGUGUGCUCCACCCCAUCUGGACACCUUUGUGCAGGCGGAUGCUUCCCCAGGAUACUGCUGGCCAUUCCAAGGGUCUCAGAGCGAGGUGCUAAUCCGGUUGCCCGCACCGGUACAACCGAUGGCCAUCACCAUACAGCACGCCUCAAAGACAGCCUCUCCGCUGGGGACUGUCAGUAGUGCUCCCCGAGAUUUCACUGUCUCUGGACUGGAUGAGGAAGGCGAGGACGAAACGUUGCUGGGGACAUUCACCUAUGCCAUGCAGCAAGAGCCGACCCAGACCUUCCCUCUGCAGAACGGGAUCCCCAGAGCCUUUCAGUUUUUGAAACUUGGCAUUCAGAGCAACUGGGGAAAACCAGGAUACACGUGCAUUCGUCGGGUGCAGGUGUAUGGGAAGAUUGCGGGAACGAAUGCCAUCAGCCAGACGCAUGUGCAGACCUCCCCUAAUUAAUAAGAAUUAAACAGGAAAAUGGAGAAACAGAGCAGAGAGAUGUGGCUGUUAGUCGGGUGCAGAGCAAUGUCAUUGCAGAGGCCCUCUCAAAGCUGCCAAGUUCUUCCUUUCGCAGGCUGAGGACUUCCUCAGGCUUUCCACUUUCUCUCCCCCACGGGG